CCUGCACAGGUGUGCCGGCUCCUCCCCUUCGGUCCUGCACAGGUGUGCCGGCUCCUCCCCUUCGGUCCUGCACAGGUGUGCCGGCUCCUCCCCUUCGGUCCUGCACAGGUGUGCCGGCUCCUCCCCUUCGGUCCUGCACAGGUGUGCCGGCUCCUCCCCUUCGGUCCUGCACAGGUGUGCCGGCUCCUCCCCUCCAGUCCUGCACAGGUGUACCGGCUCCUCCCCUCCAGUCCUGCACAGGUGUACCGGCUCCUCCCCUCCAGUCCUGCACAGGUGUGCCGGCUCCUCCCCUCCAGUCCUGCACAGGUGUACCGGCUCCUCCCCUCCAGUCCUGCACAGGUGUACCGGCUCCUCCCCUCCAGUCCUGCACAGGUGUACCGGCUCCUCCCCUCCAGUCCUGCACAGGUGUACCGGCUCCUCCCCUCCAGUCCUGCACAGGUGUACCGGCUCCUCCCCUUCAGUCUAGCACAGGUAUACUGGCUCCUCCCCUCCAGUCUUGCACAGGUGUAUAUUAGAUGCUGCAGCAAGUCAGAUAGAGCUCCGCCUCAGUUCCCUCCAGCUAGCUAGGUACAGCACCUUGCUGGCCCCUCC